AUGGCUUCGCCGUCAUCUCCUGCCAUAAGUGGAGACACUUUGUCCAGUGCUACAGAGCCUCGUUUGCCUUUCAUCAUUUAUGAGGGUGAUACGGUCAUUUGUCAGACUAGCGAUGGUCGUAUGUUCUUCCAGACCGUCAACAAAGACGAGUCCAUCCGAGUUGGCAAGAAAGUAUCAGGACUAAAACCUGUCAUUGGUUCUUAUUAUGGAGCAAUCUUUGAAGAACAGAAUCAAAAGUUGGUCAAGGUAACAGGUGGAUUAUUCCCGGGAUCCAGUGGCUCCAGAAGCUGGAGAAGACUUCGUGCCUUGUGGAGACAACCGACACUAUGCAGACACCAAUUCAGCUCAGACUUUGAAACAGACCGACAUUGGCGUGUUGCGUGA